AUGGUCGCCACAACCCUCGAGCUACCUCUGCAGCAAAAGGCCGACGCCGCCCAAACUGUUUCUGGCUCCCUCCCAUUCGGCAAUUCCCUCCUCAAGGAAUUCGUCCUCGACCCUGCCUACCGAAACCUCAACCACGGCUCCUUCGGCACCAUCCCCUCCGCCAUCCAGCAAAAACUUCGCUCCUACCAAACCGCCGCCGAAGCCCGUCCCUGCCCCUUCAUCCGCUACCAAACCCCCGUCCUGCUCGACGAAUCCCGCGCCGCCGUCGCCACCCUCCUCAAAGUCCCCGUCGAAACCGUCGUCUUCGUCGCCAACGCCACUCUAGGCGUCAACACCGUUCUGCGCAACAUCGUCUGGUCCGCCGACGGCAAGGACGAAAUCCUUUACUUCAACACCAUCUACGGCGCCUGCGGCAAGACCAUCGACUACGUCAUCGAAGACAAGCGAGGGAUCGUUUCUUCUCGCUGUAUCCAAUUGAUCUACCCAGUCGAAGACGACGAAGUAGUCGCUGCCUUCCGAGACGCCAUCAAGAAAAGCCGCGAAGAAGGCAAGCGGCCCCGUCUGGCUGUUAUUGACGUCGUCUCGUCCAUGCCUGGAGUGCGGUUUCCGUUCGAGGACAUCGUCAAGAUCUGCAAAGAAGAAGGGAUCAUCUCGUGCGUUGACGGCGCCCAAGGAAUCGGUAUGGUGGACCUCAAGAUCUCUGAAACCGAUCCGGACUUUUUGAUCAGUAACUGCCACAAGUGGCUGUUCACUCCGCGCGGAUGCGCUGUGUUUUACGUUCCUGUGCGUAACCAGCACUUGAUUCGGUCGACGCUGCCUACUAGCCAUGGGUUCGUGCCGCAGGUCGGGAAUAGGUUCAACCCGCUGGUGCCGGUGGGGACCAAGUCCGCGUUUGUGAGCAACUUUGAGUUUGUGGGCACGGUGGAUAACUCGCCUUUCUUCUGCGUCAAGGAUGCGAUCAAGUGGCGCGAAGAGGUGCUUGGUGGGGAGGAGAGGAUCAUGGAGUACAUGACCAAGUUGGCGAGGGAAGGUGGACAGAAAGUGGCAGAGAUUCUGGGGACGAGGGUGUUGGAGAAUAGCACGGGGACGCUGAUCAGGUGCGCCAUGGUCAAUAUUGUCUUGCCGUUCGUUGUGGGAGAGGAUCCGAAGGCACCGGUCAAGUUGACGGAGAAGGAGGAGAAGGAUGGCAAGGGGUUGUAUGAGAUUCCCCAUGAGGAGGCGGGCAUGGCGUUCAAGUGGAUGUACAAGGUGUUGCAGGACGAGUAUAACACGUUUGUGCCCAUGACCUUCCACAGGAGGAGGUUCUGGGCCAGAUUGAGCGCGCAGGUGUAUUUGGAGAUGAGCGAUUUCGAGUGGGCGGGAAAGACGUUGAAGGAGUUGUGUGAGAGGGUAGCCAAGGGGGAGUACAAGCAGGAUGCCUGAUUUUGAAUUUGGAUAUGAUGACGAUAAGUUCAAUCUACCUUGAUACCCUGAUUUGUUCCUUGCCUCGAUAACGUUUACACGGCUCCGCUAGUUUGGCACAAUCUCCUCGUCCGGAUCACCAUGUCCAGCAAUCUGCGGUUUACCCUUCCCAACGCCCAUCUCCCUCAAGCUCCUAACCGUAUCAACCACGCUUUCCUCCAAACUUCUAUACUCGAGCCCCAACACUUCCUUG